GUAUCUUGUCAUCAUGUAAAGAAGUUGGUGCUGCUCCUGUUGUAGCCCUCAGAAGUUCCAUUAUCUGCCUGGCAGACACUCUUUCGCAAGAUGUUCCUAUCAAACAUGCUGGGAAUAACUCUUCUCAGCAUUCUUAUAACUCCUUUUGCUCUUGCGAAUCCCGACCUGUUUGUACUCUCUGAAUUGGAAGGUCCUUUGGAUGACACCUCCUCUCUCGUCACUUUCAACCACGCUCUUUUAAGACGUCAGACAAGCUCUAAUUCUCAUCCCGACUAUACCUGUGGACCGGACCGACCCUGCCAGAACAAGGCAUGCUGUGGAAAGUCGAAUGUCUGCGGAUUUGGAGAAUUGUAUUGUGGUGAUGGCUGCCAGUCUCACUGUGAUGCCAAAGCAGAGUGCGGCCGCGAUGCUACGACUCCUGGCACUGAAUGUCCAUUGAAUGUCUGCUGCAGCCAAUUCGGGUUUUGCGGCACUACUAGUGAAUUCUGUGAUACUGGCUGUCAAUCGAACUGUGGUCAACCUAACAAGCCUGGUUCGGGUACAGAUGCCCGCAACAAGAUAAUUGGAUACUGGGAGUCCUGGCGAGCCGAUGGCGUGCCUUGCGGUGCCAUGUCGCCUGAGUCCAUUCCAGUUGAAGCCCUGGAUCAACUGAACCUUGCUUUUAUAUAUAUCGACCCGGAAACUUACAAGCUCAUGCCUAUGGAUGGUGGUACCAUCACGAAACUCUACGAACGUGUCGCAAAUACUAAGCUUCGCAAUCCCAACCUCAAAGUAUGGAUCAGCGUAGGCGGGUGGAGUUUCAACGAUCCAGGCGCUUAUCGUUCCAUCUUUGGUGCUAUAGCUGGUGAUGAACGCUUAAGUGCCGAAUUUGCGCAGAACUGCCUCGACUUCAUGAACGAAUACGGAUUUGACGGAGUUGACAUCGAUUGGGAGUACCCAGGUGCUGAAGACCGGGGUGGUACGCUUUCAGAUAUCACGAACUUCCCUCGGAUGUUGGGCAUCUUGCAGAAGCGAUUCAAAGUGGGGGACGUAUCCGGCAAACGAUUUGGCUUAUCUAUCACAGUUCCAACUUCAUACUGGUAUCUACGUUGGUUUGAUCUGCCCAAGAUUGCCGAGCAGAUUGAUGAAUUCAACCUCAUGACUUACGACUUGCAUGGUAUUUGGGACAGAACUGACCCUAUUGGCCCAUACGUUUGGGCUCAUACAAACCUUACGGAGAUUGACCUUGCUCUGGACCUCUUCUGGAGGAACGAUAUUAGCAGCAGAGGUAUCAACCUAGGCUUAGGAUUCUACGGUCGCACAUUCAAGCUCAAGGACUCUCUAUGUUCUGAGCCUGGUUGCGAGUUCUCCGGACCAGGAGAUGAGGGUUCAUGCACCAAGUCAGCUGGUAUCCUAUCCUAUAGGGAGAUCCGUGCUUUACUGGAAGAGAAUACCCUUUACGACAGCGCUAAAUACGAUGAAGAGGCUGGUGUCUAUUACGUUACCUAUGGCGAAGGUGGCCAAAGCUGGGUCUCCUUUGACGACUCGGUAUCAUUCCAAGCGAAGGUUGACCUUGCGAACUCAAGGGGCAUAGGGGGCUUAUUUAUCUGGGCAUUGGAUCAAGAUAACGAUAAUCUAGACGCUCUAAGAGCAGUCUCAGGACGCGAUGUGGUGGUUCCCCCGCAUGGUUCUGGUACUUUCGGUGCGUUCGACAUCGACAAAUGCUAUAUCACGGACUGCAACGCGAAUUGCCAAUCUGGAGAUACUCUUAUGACGCGACUCAACCAAGACGAAAGCGGAAGGGGAUGCGACGGCAAAGAACACAACCAAAGAUCGUUCUGUUGUCCACCCACGACGUCCCCUGAUCCUAAAACAUGCCGCUGGACCGGCGGACCUGUGAAUUGUCAUGGCCAAUGCUCUUCCGGCGAGGUCUCCAUGGUUUUCGACGAUUGGGGCGACAGCAAAAAGCGUUGCACCAACGGAGGUAAGAAAGUUUGGUGUUGUCCUGCGACUAACGGUCAGUCGUUGAUCGAAAAGUGCGGACUGGUUAAGGGUAAGAAGUGUCCCUCGGAUAGGCCACAAGAUCUCACCUACAUCUACGACAAAAUUUACAAUCUGUUCGACGCCAUUGAGGUCGACGAGACAUUUUGCUGUCCAUCCGAGCCCAAAUUCAACAACUGCAACUGGUUCGGCGACAACUACUACUGUAACGACAACGCUUGUCCCGCAGGCCAAGUUGAGCUCUUUAGACACCACGGAUAUCACGGACUACCCGGGAAAACGGAGCAGAUGUGCAAUAAAGGACGUCAACAAGCUUUCUGUUGCGACCCACCAUUCACAGGAGGUUCACCAUUCCUGCCGGUGCCUCUGGAGAACUUGUUCCCUGAUGCUGCCGAGUUCCCCAUCGAUUACGACCCUGUUUUUGCCGAAGCAUUCGAUUUGAACAAAGACCUGACUCCGGAAGUAGAAUAUUCACAAGAUCCGGACACGCAAAGUUUUGCCUGGGUCAUUAUGGUCGGCCCAACUGCAGAUGUUCAAAGUUUCGAAAAAAGAGACGGCAGCCACUUGGAGCUGUUUGACUGCCCUGAUACUCAUCCCGAUGAUUUCUCUGUGCAGCAAGCUAAAGCGAUCUGCUUGACAGACUCUCCGGAUAACGACUGCGAAGACAUCAUGGAAGGUGGUGUUGAGGGUACUGUUGUCAAACUCCCGAAACACUGCGGACCGGACCAGUGGGUCAGGGCGCUCAGAUAUGAGGAAUCUACUGACAGGAACCUUCCACCACAUCUUGUCAAGCGUGCUAAGCCACAUCAUAAGAUUUAUGACUUCCACUAUGACUACGACUUCCGCAACCUUCGACGAGAUGGCGGGGAAGUUCACGUCCGUAUUGAUGCUUCCAACCACCCAGGCUAUUGGAAUGAAGUUGUAGCCAGGCCGGCUGGGUCGCCAAUCAAACGUGAUGCAUCGAGCUGGAGAGAUCUUGAUCGAAGGUCUUUUAGUGAAGACGAUCCGAGCGACUGGAAAAAACGGUUUGACAACCUGCUGAAGGACGGCAACGUUGGUCUCAAGAAGCAUUAUGAGUUCGACCAAUGUCUUUUUAGUGUCGAAGCAACAUGUUCCGCCGGAAGCGCAUAUGCCGAAGCAUUCGCCACUGGUGAAUUCAACACGACGAUGGAUUUUGGAGUGUCUCUAAUCGGCACACUUCGUACUUUCACGUUCACUGAGGCGUUUUCGUACUUCCGACAGGAGGCUUUCGAAGCUCGUGUCCAGGCUGCACUCGCAGCAAAGGCUAAGCUUCGCUUCGACAGCGGGUUUCAUCCUGUGGGCUCCUUCGACGCAUUCGGAUCCAAUUACAACAUCAAGGGUAUCUUGUCGAUCAACCCCUACUUCAGCGUUGCUGCUCGCGUCCAAGCCGAGGCUACAGUAUCUCUCCAAGCUACUGUAGAACUCACCUUAAAGCAUGAUCGUUUCCAGUACUACCUGCCAACAAACCUAGGAUCGCUGCCCACAGAGCCUGGCGGCAACUUCCAGGUCACCUCGCGUAAUGGCCCAAUCAGUACUCUAGGUGACGUAUCUGCUAGCGUUGGUGGCGACGUGAUUGUCUCAAUAGUGCCUACUAUCGGUUUCGAUAUACAGCUGGCCUUCGGUGGUAAACAGCUAGUUGACACCUCUGUCAAGCUCACUUCCCAGGCAGACGUCGACUUUGAUAUUGCUGCUACGGCAGGCACGUCAUGUACAGGUCUACAACUAGACGUCAAAGGACAGUUCCAGGCACAACUGAUCCUAGAGAAUGCGCUUCCUGGUUGGAUAAGUGGCACUUAUGAGAUCGAGCAACCUAUUCCGAAGAGUAUCUACUCCGAUUGUAUUGCUUGGGUACCAACAAAACGUGCUAUUACUCACGACGACGGUACUGAGUCUUUGUCGAGUAACAAUCGGUUAGUGGCUCGACAGACCUUGGGUGAAUCUCUGUCCGGUAACUCAGUACCACGGAGCGGUACUUGUGCAUUCAGUGUCAAAGGAGUCUAUUGCGCCGAGGACAAGAGAGAUGAUGCCGAUUUGAAUUGCGACGUCUACGAUCUGGAAGAUCCCGAUGGGGACUCAAUACCAGACGACAACGACUCCACACUAGCCGAGCGUGAGAUCGAUGAUGAUAGUGUCGUUGUGUCAACUCUCUUGGACGGAUUCAUCACUCAUCUACCUCACUCACAUCAUGUACACCGUCAUGUGCACAAGGUCCGGGAGAAUAUCGCACACCUCUUCGAAAAGCGUGGCGGUGCUAAGAAGCGAACGUUUUGUGAUCCAAAAGACCCCAAAAGCGGCCCUUAUGCCGUCAAAGGGUACGCGGGAGUCAGCUCGGACAGCAGGACCUUUAUACAAUACAAGGGCUUCCCAGACAGCUCAGACAUCAAGACCGACCAUCCUAAUGCCGAUGCAUUUACCUUCGAAGACCCGACCGAUUGUAACAACUACAACAUGAGAAAAUUCAAGGCAUCUGCUGUCACCGAUACAAAGAGCUACGGUGUCUCGAACUUCUCCCUGUAGAGUCAUUGUGCUGACCAGAUUCAAUCACAGCGGAGCAUGUACUUGAGAA